UGGAGUUCUGUGUUUGCAUGUUUUUGGGUUUUCUUCUUUGUAGUCGUUGGAAUUUCAUUUAUAUUUUUUCUGAUGCUUUGCUCUAAAAUAUGGAGUAACACUUAUACUGGAUCUCGAUAAUUAAAGACCAAAAACAAUUUUGAAACAAAAGGAAUAUUUUGGGUUUUUACUCUCCUCUUAAGCUUAUGUUGCACGUCUUGUUGCACUGUUAUAGGUAUUUCAUAGUUUUUAGACAACCACACCUUGACAUGGAUUUUUAAUUCUUUAUAUGUUUCUUGCUCAUUCCUUGGGUUUGAGAUCUUCGUGUUUUUUUAUUUGAAGAACGACUUAAAAUAAUUUAUCAAAAAUAUAUUUUUUGAUGAAGAGGAAUAAGUUUAAUUGGAUAGCAGAAGAUAGUAAAGAAAUAACACCAAUGCAAACUUUUAAUAUAGCACAUUUAAUAUAUAGAAUUAGCUUCCUCACAUAAAUUAGAUUAUCAAUAACAUUAAUAUAAAUUUUAUUCACAACUACUAAUUCUAUUCUCACUAAAGGCAAUCUUAUAAAUAGAAAACAAAACUUAGAGAAGUAUAGGUAUAAGGAAACCUCAAUUUUCCUUAAUUUGUAAUGAAAUGUUCUUCAACUUAUUUUAAAUUUCUCAACCUGAAAAGUAAAAACCAGAAAAUAGUUCCUAUAAAUUAAAACUUAGAGUAAAAGUUUUAAGAUUAAGUUGAUAUAGAGCAGGAAAACAAAUCUCAAAUUAGCUAAAACCAAAAAGAAAAUAAUUAGAAUUAAGUAUAGAAUGAAAGAGUCAUUACACAUUAGCCAAUCGAUAGUGAAGACCAAAUUAAUAGAAAAAAUUACCAAGAUUUACCACAUUUUAGCAACUCAACAACUGAUAAAAGACUAUCUAGAGAUUAAUAUAAAAAAUUAUUAAUCAGUAAACUCUUCUAAAAUAAUUCUUAUUAAGUCUGUACAAUUGAUGAUAUGCCUUUAAAUUCUGCUAAAGCAGAUAAUGAGAUUAAAACUUCAAGAAACUAUGAUAAAACCAAUGUGAAUCUAGAGAUAGAUUACACUCAUAGAUAAUAACUGAAGAAAUUGUUCUAGAAAGACAAAGAUUGCUUUAACAAUAAAAUUUUUAAAAAAAGAAACGAAUCUAAGUCAUCUUUAAACUUAGAAUGCCAAAUUACUUAGGAAAAUUAUGAAAUAUAGAAUAAAUCUCUGCCCUACAUAAGUAAUCUUGUGAAUGUUCAGAGCUAACAGAUUAACGAGUUAGAUAGUUUGAAUGAUCAAAUAAGAUCUGCUUAAAUAAUUAGAGAUAUCGAGUAAUAAUUUAACAAAGAAAAUAACAAGAUCAUAAAAUUUCUUUCAUAAAAUAAUGAUUUUCCUGUCAGCCCAACUUUUUAUGACCCUAAAUUAGAAUCCUUGAAUUAAAAUUGUGAAAACUCAAAAGCUAAUAAUAUAAUCAAUGCUAACACUAACCUCAUUUCUAAUUCUAAUUCAAAUUCUAACACAAAAGAUAAUACAAACGCCAACACCAACACCAAUUCAUAAAUUGAUAUAAAAAGUUCGACAAGCCAAUAAAUUAUUUGCCUAGUUUGCUUUGACUCUGAAUGCAAUUCUAUAUUUGCUCCCUGUGGUCAUGGAGGACUUUGUUAUCAAUGUGCAUUAGAUGUGUUUAAGAAACAAGGUGACUGCUUAUUAUGCAGAAAAAAAGUAACUGAAAUCUACAAAUAUAUUGAAGUUGUUGAAGAAAAUUCUAAAAAAGAUUAACCCCAUAAAUACUUUUAGAUAUAAACAAUAACUAAAUAUUUAGACAGCAACUAGAAUUCUAUGAUAAAAAAACAAAGAUUGUAAAAUAAAAAUAGCUUUAAGAAUACUGUUUACACUUAAGGAGAGAUUGAAUAAUAAAUUUAAUAAUACUCUUUUUGUGAUUUUGACGAUUUUGGGAACUAAAUAAUUUCAGAGUAGCAAGUAUAAAAUUAGUCAGGCAAUAGAAAUUUAGGAAUUUAAAAUUCGAGCUCUAUAUAAUCAAAUAAAGAGUAAUCUCUAUCCCAAUAGUAAUAACAAAGUAUGUAGAGCUCGCUUAAUGUAAUAUCUCCUUUGAAUUCUGAUAGAGAAAGAUAAAAGAAUAGCAACAUAAAGAAAUACAAUGAUAUCAUUUAGAAUGUAGCCAGUGAUAAUAUUUAAAACAGAUAAUUAAGAUCUAUUACUUAGCAAUCAGAUAGCCAUGCUCGUUUCAUAAGCGAUUAACUCUAAAUUUAAUAAGAACUUUUUGUCCCUUAAUUCUUAAUAGAUAAAGACUUAUAACCCAAUUUAAUUUUGAGAUAAUCUCCUUAAUUAAUAAAUUAUUAAAAAGUCAAUCAAGAAAUGGCCACAACAUAAGCAACAGAUGCAUUUUUAAAUUCUUAAUCAUAGCAUUAAAUAGUUUAAAAUUAUAAUUAAAAGUCAUAGGAAUAAAAUAUCCUAAAAUAAUAACAUAGUAGCGAAUUAAACAAUGUAUUUAAAUAGAAAGACAACAAAAGUAAAAACAUAAAUAUCUUCUCAGAAAAUUUAAAUUUUACUAGUAGACAAAACGCAAUAAUCAGCAAUCAAAAUUACAUUAACCAUUAAAAAAAGACUUCAGAAAAAAGCAUACUAAAAGACUGUAACUUUGAUAAUUAAACAGAUUUCUUAUAAAGACAGAAUUCAUUUAGCAAACAGUGA